AUGAUAUUUUUUGGAUAUUUUCUUAUUUAUAUCGUGCGAUAUAAUCUGAGUGUACAUAUUGUUGAUAUGGUGGAAAUUUCCAAAAGAAUUUUGUUUUCGUAUUAUAAUGAAACAGAAAUAUUACGAACAAGACCAAAAUAUGGCAUGGACUUGCUACAUUGGAAUGAAAAUAAGAUAGCUCUUUUACUAGCUGCCUAUCAUAUUGGAUAUUGUAUUUGUUUUCCAAUAUUUCACAACCUGGGUGAUCGAUUUGGACCAACAUGGGUUGUUGGAGUGGCUGGAAUAAUUUCAGGUGCACUAAACUGUCUUGUACCAUCUGCAUCAUGGUUUAGUUUCUGGUUAUUUUUUAUUGUUCGAAUUUUGAACGGAUUCUGCGCGGGUGCUAUGUUACCAAGUAUGAUCCAGGUAUUGAGGCAUUGGGUCCCCCCAAUAGAGCGGCAUUAUUUUAUGUGGGCUUACUGUGGGAUAACAACAGGAACUUGCUCGACAUUUCUUAUUUGUGCGGCUGUACAAUUUUAUUCUAAAUGGUCGGUUGGUUUUUAUGUAUGCGGGGCAGUUCAAAUUCUAUGGGCUACAAUUUGGCUAUUAGUGGUUAACGACUCACCAGAUAAACACUCAUUCAUUUCAAAGGACGAAUUGACAUAUCUGAAAAAUACUAUCGGUUCAGUGUUUACGAUACAAUUAAUGAAUUCUCAAGCCCCCUGGAAAUUAAUAUUGAAGUCUGUAUCCUUUUGGGCAGUUUGUAUAUUAAAUUUUGGUUAUGCGUGGAUGAUUAUAUCACUAUGUCUUCAUGGACCGUUGUAUUACACCAUAAUUUUAAGAUAUAGCAUUUAUGAAGCCUCUACGUUAACGGCUCUACCAUUUCUGCUGAGACUAAUUUUGGGUACAAUAAUCAUUCAAACUUACUUUUGGUAUAAACAUAAUACGAAGUUCAGAGUAAUCAAGAAUGCAAGGAAAUAUUUUAUCAUUGUUUCGCAUGUGAUCCCGGGUCUAAUAGUUUCUAUGGCGUGGUUUGUACCUUUUGCUCCUGGGCCCACAAUUUUGACGAUUGCUGUAACUCUAACAGCAGCUGGCAUGGAUCUUAUAUUUGAUAUAUGUUACAAACUGUCGCCCGCUUACGUAAAUUCAAUUAAUACUGUAAUUAAAAUCAUAGGAAACUUACCAGGAAUCUUUGUUCCUUUUUGUGUUGGGGAAGUAACUCAUAAGCUGCAAAAUACGAUGCAUAUUUGGAGAUAUGUGUGGUCUUUCCACGGUACAGUUCUACUGAUGUGUGGUCUAGUCUUUUUGAUAUGGGGUGAUACGCAUGUACAGCCUUGGAAUAGCAUAAAGCGCAGGUUUCUUAAGAUCGUUCAAGUUGUAUAA